AUGUUUGGUGGGGUUCCACGACUGCAAGGCCGUCUGGCGGUUCUCGCGGGUCCUGCGGCAUUCCGCCGCCUCACGACUGCCGCCCCCGCCCCCGCUGGAGAAGCCGCCGCCGUUUCAUCCUCCUCCUCUUCUUUUUCUCUUACCGCUCCCUCCUCCAUUUCUCCCUUCUUCUCCUCCUCUUACUUGUGGGGGCGGCGGGGGUACGGCGGGCCGACGCGGGUGCGACUGGCCCGCCGCAUCAAAGGCCGCCGCUCACGGCACCGCGAGCCGGCGGAGGGCGAUUGGCUCUGCCAGUGCGGCGAACUCAACUACAAAUCGAAGCGGGAGUGUUUUAAGUGCGGCGCCCCCGCCCCGCCACUCCCGCCAGGCGUCCGGCGUCCAUCACUCCCCGGCGAGGACCCACACGACUGGGCAUGUCCGUGCGGGCAGAUGAACUUCCGCGGCAGUGUCGUUUGCCACAAGUGUCAGCAGCCCAAACCAGCACCGCCGCCGCUUCCAGGAAAAGAAGUGACACUCUGGACAUGUCCAAAGUGUAAAGGGGUAAACAGAAAUGUCAGGAAAUUCUGCUUUAAGUGCUCAGCACCGUCACCGUUGCUCACAUUUAAACCUGUGGUUUAG